CCUGCAUAAAAUGGCCCCACUCAGUCAAACCCAUCAAACGUCACUUUCCCAACGCUUCUCGGGCGGUCGCGCCAUGUCUUCAACGGCAAUUUGCAUUUGCAGCUCCGUCGCAAUUCUUUUCCCUUCUCCAACAAUGGGAACUUCUUGAGGCUUUUACUUUCGAAAAUGGCGCCCAGUCUUCUAUCCUACGUCCCAAUCGUCAACCGCUUCGUCUCAGACGGCGAGAAGGCGCAAACCAUCAACAUCCCCCCUGUCCAAGUUCACGACGUCGAGACCGACCACGACCGGCGAGCGAGAUGCCUCAAGCACCUGCUGAGGGCCAACCACGUCAACCACUCCAUAAUCUACAACAACCUCCGGUUCGACAACCACACGGCACAUGUUCUUUCGUCUGCUUAUUUGCUGGGCGCGAAUGACCGCCAGCUUCAAAAUAUCUACGAGGCCGAAGCGAAGGAGCUCGAGCCAUGGAAGGAGUCUCCCGCCGAGGUCUCAGAUGAUGACUGGAGGGAUCUCUUCGGCGACAAGACAUAUCAGAGAGCCUAUGUCGACUUCUUUGAGGACCAUUUGGCAAACAACUCCUAUGAAUGGAAGAAGGUUGUCGACGAGUUCAUGUUUACUGGCGACGAGCCUCUGGUUCAUGGGCUCAUUGGUGGUCUUGGCCAUCCCCUCAUCCACCUCGGAUAUGCUUACGAGAUGAACUCCAAGGAGAUCGCGAUCGAGGCACUAGCAUUGGCUGCCACGCAAUACAACUUUUUCCACCAAUACCUCGACGAAAAGAGAUACACGAAGCCGGCACCAUUCAGCUCAAAGUCGACUUUCGAGUUGAUUAACAAGGUUGCAGAUGACAAGCGACUUGAUGGACUAUUUAAGGAACCGUCCUUGGGCAACCUCGAUGUCUUGUUUGCAAAGCACGAAGACAUUGUCCUGGAAUACUGGAAUGCCUGGACUAUCACAGACCCGGUGAAGCAGUUCGAAGAGUCACAGGAGCUUGCCGUCGCGCUCCUCGUCGCAACUAUACCCCGCGGCACCCACGGAUACAACUUCUUCACAGUACAUCUCCUCACGACGAGCCAUGCCGUCCGAAUUCUUCUUCCGGUGAUUCCGGUCAAGUUUCACAUAAGCUUAGUAAGGGAGUGGUGGUUGCUCGUACUCGGUGUCUACAUUUCCCUCUUGCGGCCAAAGAUCGACCCGGAAAAUGUGGAGACGGAUUUGAAGCAACGUCACUGGGGGCACGUUGAGCAUGAAGCUCUCAAUUCGCAAUGGGCUACCGAUGCUCACUAUGUUAAAGCAAUUCGCGCCAUGAAAGAGGCUUCUAGGACUUGGGGUGAUGUGCACGAGCGGUAUUUGGCGUCUGCUCUGACGUUCGUUGACAACUUUCGUGGGUGGACGUUUGGAGCUGCUGACCUGAAGUCUGGGGGGUAUUAUUGAAGCAAACAUGCAUUUAGGAACGGGCUUGUCUACAUGCGUGGCACAUUACUGGGAACAAGCCGGAUUGACCUAGCUUCGACUGUCUUUAAAACAGCUUUACUGUACAACAUCUGGGUACAUAGCAUGAGAACGACUUCAAAUGUAUAAUGAAUAUGUCAAAUUGUCAAC